CCACGUUCCAAAAAAACCGAGGCACACUGGAAAGCUGAAAGCCGCUCACGCUCCCCAGCAGCUGCGUCGCGCCAGAACGGCCCCGGGACUGCAGAGAGAGGGGGCGGGAAGCACGAAAGGGAACCGCCCUUUUGUUCAGACGUUGGCGAUUGGCUCGUAUCCACUGUCACUCAGCCUUCGUGGGUGGAGCGAGGCCGGGCAGGGGCGUGGCUGAGGGGCUGGUGAGCCGCGCGUUCUCGCAGGCAAAGAGAGACAGAGAGAGAGAGAGUCACAGGCUGGGCGCACGCGUGGGCUGGGCGCGCGCAGCCGGCACGCGGGGAAAGUCCUGGGAGGCGCGGCGACCCGUGUGAUCCGUGUCGGGCCAUCCGCGCUACUGCAGGAGCCGAGCGCGGCCCAAAGCCUCCCCAGCAUCUGCGGCUGUUGUCGCCGGAGCACCGAGGAAGCCCCUUGGCGCCUCUCCAGUCCGGGUGGAGUGCGUGAUGGCCCCUCGCAAGAACGCCAAAGGCGGCGGCGGCAACAGCAGCAGCAGCGGCGGCGGCUCCUCGGGCAGCAGCAGCACGGGCAGCAGCGGUGGCAGUAGUAGCUCUGGAGCUCGGAGAGAGACGAAGCACGGAGGACACAAAAAUGGGAGGAAAGGAGGACUUUCUGGAAGCUCCUUUUUCACAUGGUUUAUGGUCAUUGCAUUGCUGGGAGUGUGGGCAUCUGUGGCUGUCGUGUGGUUUGAUCUUGUUGAUUAUGAGGAAGUCCUAGCCAAAGCAAAGGACUUCCGUUAUAAUUUAUCAGAGGUGCUUCAAGGAAAACUAGGAGUCUAUGAUGCUGAUGGAGAUGGAGACUUUGACGUGGAUGAUGCCAAAGUUCUAUUAGGACUUAAAGAAAGAUCUGUUUCUGAGUCAUCCUUCCCACCAGAGGAGGCUGAGCCACACGAUGAGCCAGAGGAUCAGGCCCCUGUGGGGACAGAACCCCAGAAUAUUGAAGAUGAAAUAAAAGAACAGAUUCAGUCUCUUCUCCAUGAAACGGUACACACAGAUCAUGAUGACCUGCAGCUAGAAGCAGAUGGACCAGCAGGAGAACCACAACCAGAGUAUGAUGAUGUCCUUACAGCAAAUGAUAUAGAUGAUAGGGUGCAGAACCUGGAACCUGGAACAUUUUAUGAAGAAACUGAGGAUAGAUUCUCUAUAGAAGAGACAGUUUCACAAGACCAUCAUCAAGAUAUGGAAGAGAUGAUGUAUAACCAGGAAAUCCCAGUUCCCAGUGAGCCAGCUGCAGAUGAUGACAGACUGUCCCCUACCACAGAUGAUGUGCCAUUGUACAAAGAUGAACCAGUAUAUGAACCUUCAGAAAAUGAAAAGAUAGAAAUUUCAGAUAAUGUUAUAGAAGAUUCAAAUGUGGUUCAGGAAGAAGUAAGUGCCCUACCUGUGGAAGAAGAUCAACAGGAAGUACCACCAGAGACAAGUAGAAAGACAGAUGAUCCAGAACAAAAAGAAAAAGCUAAAAAAAAGAAGCCUAAACUUUUAAAUAAAUUUGAUAAGACUAUUAAACCUGCACUAGAUGCUGCAGAAAAACUACGUAAAAGGGGAAAAAUCGAGGAAGCAGUGACUGCAUUUGAAGAACUCAUACGCAAAUACCCUCACAGUCCAAGAGCAAGAUAUGGAAAGGCACAGUGUGAAGAUGACCUAGCCGAGAAGAGGAGGAGCAAUGAGAUUCUGCGCAGAGCCAUCGAGACCUACCAAGAGGUGGCCAGCCUGCCCGAUGUCCCCGCUGACCUGGUGAAGCUGAGUUUGAAGCGGCGGUCAGAACGCCAGCAGUUUCUAGGUCACAUGAGAGGUUCCUUGCUUACCCUGCAGAGAUUAGUUCAACUGUUUCCCAUGGAUAUCUCCUUAAAGAACGACCUUGGAGUGGGCUACCUCUUGAUGGGGGACAAUGCCAAUGCCAAGAAGGUGUAUGAAGAGGUUCUGAACCUGACACCCAACGAUGGUUUUGCUAAGGUGCAUUAUGGCUUCAUCCUGAAGGCACAAAACAAGAUCGCGGAGAGCAUCCCCUACUUAAAGGAAGGAAUAGAAUCUGGAGAACCUGGCACUGAUGAUGGGCGAUUUUAUUUCCACCUGGGGGAUGCCAUGCAGAGAGUCGGAAACAAAGAGGCAUAUAAGUGGUAUGAGCUUGGGCAUAAGAGGGGACAUUUUGCUUCUGUCUGGCAACGUUCUCUCUACAAUGUGAAUGGACUGAAAGCUCAGCCGUGGUGGACCCCCAAAGAAACGGGAUACACUGAAUUAGUAAAGUCUUUAGAAAGAAACUGGAAGUUAAUCCGUGAUGAAGGCCUUGCAGUGAUGGACACAACCAAGGGUCUUUUCCUGCCUGAAGAUGAAAAUCUGAGGGAGAAGGGUGACUGGAGCCAGUUCACGCUGUGGCAGCAAGGAAGAAAAAAUGAAAAUGCCUGUAAAGGAGCUCCUAAAACCUGCUCUUUAUUAGAAAAGUUCCCAGAGACCACAGGAUGCCGGAGAGGACAGAUCAAAUAUUCCAUCAUGCACCCUGGAACCCAUGUGUGGCCACACACAGGACCCACAAACUGCAGGCUCCGAAUGCAUCUGGGCUUGGUGAUUCCCAAGGAAGGCUGCAAGAUCCGCUGUGCCAAUGAAACCAAGACAUGGGAAGAAGGCAAAGUGCUCAUUUUUGAUGACUCCUUUGAGCAUGAAGUAUGGCAGGAUGCCUCAUCUUUCCGGUUGAUAUUCAUCGUGGACGUGUGGCACCCUGAGCUGACACCCCAGCAGAAACGCAGCCUUCCUGCAAUUUAGCAGAAAUCCGUGCCUCUCAGCUUGAGAGAAGCUGCCCUUCUGGUUCUCUUUGGAUGUGGAGACAGAAGUUCAAACACCAUGGCUCUUAGUUCCCUUGUCUUCAUUCAGGAAGCUUGAAAAGUUUCAGCUGCACUUCAUUUAGACACCACCCUGCUGUGCAUCACCCAUGCUGCGAUGUCACUCUGUGACAGCUCUGUUCUGAUGCCAGUAUUUAAGUUGAACACUUGAUUGUUUCUGCCUUGCCAGCCAAAGAUACCUGUUUCCACACAGCAUAGGGUCCGAGUUAAUGUACAGCAUACAUAGAAACUGUGAAUGAAUUGCUUUAGUUUAUAAUUUUUCUAUGCAGUUAUAUUUUUCUAAGAAAGUUGAAUUAUUUUGCCAUCAUGAACCACUCACUACCUUCAUGCUGGCUUUAAGGACAAGCUGUGUAAAUACUUUACUGCUAGCUUUUGAAUGCCAACCUUCCUGACAAACUCAGACUUCUCUCUUACUUCUUUUUAGGAAAAGACCUUCAUGAGAGAGACUAUUUUAUGUUCUUAAUGCAGAAAAAAAAUGUAGUGAUGCCGGUACCUAUGAACUGUACCAACCUUUAUGGUAUAAAAAUGCCACCUAUACAAUUUUUUUUUUAGUGACAAGUAUUAGUUUUGGGAGGGCGUAUAAAAUUUGUGGAAGUAAAAUUUGUGUCGUGGAAUUCAACAGAGCCUGUGACACAGAGCCUGGAAAUCUGCAGUGUCUUUGUCUGUGGGUAGAUUUAUGGGAGUGAUAAGAAGAGAGCCCUUUGCUCCUUGAGACCAUUUUCAUCACAAUUUUGUAAAUAUGAUAAGAGCAGAGUAGAUGGUUCCCAAAUGUGCUAGGGUCUUUGUCUUGGGAGUAAAACAGUCAAUAUUGCUUUCCUCUUUGAAAGGGUUUAAAGAGACUUCCAUCCGCCAGGCAUGAAGAACUGCUGCCCUGUAAUCACUGUUUUGAAAUAGCAAUUUAUACCCAUAUUUGCUUUUAAAUAUUAUCUCUGGUGUAGAAAUAGCAGUUGAAAGUCAUCUUGCCUACCCAUUGUAAGUAUGAUGACCCGUUCAUGGAUUUAGCAAAGUCUUAAUGUAUUUGAUUUUGUAUUUUAUAAUUAAAGCUAGCUUAAAGUGCUAGCUUUAAGAUUGUAAAGAUAUUCAUGCACUGAAUUUCAAGCCAAUCUGAACAACAAAGACAACAACAAAAAUGCUGCAGACAUGGCAUAUAGGUCACCAGAUUUCAUGCACAAGUAGAAAAAACACCAGUGUUUUCUUCUGCAUCUAAGGGGAAAAGCAUCUUUAUUUCAUAGAAGGAAAUUGUUUGGCAUGAAGUUGACCCUUUCUUUUGACCUUAUAGACAUUGCCUUUUAGUACAAGAGUUUACAAAUCAUUUGUCCUGUUCCUGCAAUAUUUAUUUUGUACUUUUGAUUUUGCCAUUGCUUAAAAAAAAUCCCAUUAAAACAGAAAUAUAUCUAGGUUCAUUAUCAAACUCCAAAAGAAAAAAAAAGCUCUUGAAAAAUAAAAGGAUGCUUGUGUCCUUCAAUAUUUAUUAAACAGAAGAAAUGACUGACAAAGGACAAUCAAUACAAUCCAGUGUUCAUGUAGUAACAUUCGUCUCACUUGUUGAAUUUUAUUCUCCUAUGUAUAUUGCAUACACAUAACAAAAUUCAAACCCUAACUAAGUUCUCAUUGUUGGACCAGCAUCUUACAUUCAUAUGAUGAAAUUGUUUAAGAGUAUUAACUACCUCUUGACUUAAUAAGUGUAAUAUGAUAUUUAAAAUCCUGUCACUACAGUAGGAUUCUAAAUAUUGCCAAUUAAAAAUCAGAAACACUAGUAGUUCCAAAGGGCUGGCAAUCAUCAGCUCCAAUGGUAUUUUGAAUACUUGGAUCCCACAUCUGUUUUAUAAUCCCAAGCAAUAAAAUGGAUUUUCUAAUUCA